AUGGAAGGAGCGCCGAUGACGAUGAGACGCAGCUGCGCAGCGGUGGAAGCAACUUUAUUCGGGCCCCUAGACAGCAGCAGCAGCAGCGGCAAAGUGAGGACAGCAGCAACAGCAGAUACGCACCUUUCUAGCUGCUUGCUGCUGCAGGUGGGGCCCCUAAACGUGUUGGUGGACUGCCCGCUGCUGCUGAGAUCUCUGCUGCAGUCAGCGCCCAUGGGGUAUCAGACCCUUACAGCAGCAGCAGCGGCUGCUGCUGCUGCCGCCGCUGCAGCAGGAGAGCCGCCAGCAGCAGCAGCAGCAGCAGCAGCAGCAACAGAAGCAGGAGUGGGGGCCUCUCCGGGCCGCUUUAGCUGCCAGCUGCGGCUCCACGCGCAGCAGCUGCUGCAGCAACUGGGGGGCCGCCCCCUACACGCCAUACUCAUUACGAACCCACAGGGGCUGCUGGGUGUGCCGCUGCUGCUGCAGCAGCUGCAACAGCAGCAGCAGCAGCUCCCACUGGUGCUUGUCACCAAGCCUGUAGCCUUACUGGGAUGCACAGGCAUUUCUUUCCUGCGGUCGGAGCAGGGGGGAUGUGUGCUUCCUGCUGAUGAUGCUGUGGCAGAUCCAGCUGCAGCAGCAACAGCAGCAAGGGCUGCAGCGGCUCGGGUCACUGCUGCUGCUGCAGCGGGCAGCCAGCAGCACGACGACAGCGCAGCGCUGUUGGAAGAAAACGGCGACGACUUGUUGCUGCUGCUGCAGCAGGGCAGCAGCAGCAGGGCUAGCGAGCUGAAGGAUCUUGAGGCUUUGUUGCAGCUCUGCAGCUACGGCCAGCGCCACAUCAUUAGAGCUGCUGCGACUAUGCCGUCAACAGCAGCAGCAGCAGCAGCAGCAGCAGCAGGCCCUGACCUGGACCAGGAAUACAUAGUGACUCCCUUCAGCAGCGGCUUCUGUCUGGGGGGUGCGAAUUGGCUGAUAGAAACUCCCUGCAACCGGAAGAUAUUUAUCGUGGGACCUAGCAGCAGCAGCAGCAGCAACGGCAGCAGCAGCAGCAGCAGCAUAGUCUUCCAACGCAGCCCGCUAGAGGCCGACUGGAGCUGUUUGUCCACUGCUGAUGCAGUCCUCUUUUUCGAGUGUCUUCCUCCUCGCGCGCGCGUCCACCCCAGCACAAGCAACAGCAGCAGCAGCAGCAGCGGCAGUGGCAGCAGCAGCAAGCAGGGCAGCAACAGUGCUUCAAGCAGCGGCGUGAACCCGCCGGCAGCCACGGCCGCUCCAGCAAACGAUAACAGCAGCGAGAGCCGCAGCAGCAGCGUCAAGCCGGAACGGGAGAGCAGCACAGGCAGCAGCAGCAAUGGCGGCGGCAGCGGCAGCAGCAACAGCACGCAGGAGAGCAGCAGCAGCAAACCAAGAGGGGAGGUGCCUAUUCAGCAGCGGCUGCAGCUGCUGCUGCGCGUUAUUUCUGCUGCACUGGCCGAAGGCACUACUGUGCUGCUCGCUACAGACCCGUGUGGCAUGCAGCAGCUGGAGCUGUUGCCGCUGCUGCUGCGGGACCUGCAGCGGCCAGUUGCUGCUGCAUGCGUGUACACUGUAGGCUUCAAUGGGCCGCUGCUGCUGCGGUGCGCUGACGAGGCUGUGGAGUGGGUGCAGCCUCCACAGCAGCAGCUGCAGCAGCAGCAGCAGUAUCGGGGUGGCGGCGCAGCAGCAGCAGCAGCAGCAGCAGCAGCUGACCUCUGCUGUGAUCCACCCUUUGGCUAUGCUGAUUUGCAGCAGAUGCACCGACUCUUUGCUGCUGAGUUGCUGCUGCAGCUGCCGCCGCUGAGGAGGCCCUGUGUAGUCCUUGCUGCUUCUGCUGCACUGCGCGUGGGUCCUGCUGCCAACCUGCUGCAGCAGUGGCGGCGCAGCAGCAACACGUUGCUGCUGAUGAUUGAUCCGACCUUUGCUGCAGCAGGUGAUAUCGUGCGGCCCCCUUCUGUGCAGCAGCAAGCAGCGCUCAAAAGCCACCUUUCAAAGGACCUUCAAGUGCUGUUGCAGCGCUAUCAGCAGCGGCAAGCUGAGACUGCUACUGCUGCUGCCACAGGCAGCAGCAGCAGCAGCAGCACCACUGACUCAAAUGCAGUCUCUCUUGCUGCUAUUCUGGAGGGGCGGGCCCGGCAGCUGGGAGUUGCUGCUUGCGGUUUGCUGCUGUGGCCGUUCUUCUACGAUGAGUCCUUCGUAGGCCCGUUGCUGCAGCAACAGCAGCAACAGCAGGCCUCAGCAGCAGCAGCAGCUGCAGCAGCAGCAGCAGGUGAUAUGGCAAUACAGGUGGCAGCAAUCCCUUUGGACUUUCGACUCUCUGCUGAGGAUGUGCUGCAGCUGCUGCUGCGGGCUGCUCCCUCCGCUUGCGUGGCGCUGCCGCAUUUCUUUAAUUGGUGGCUCCCCUUUAGCAUGCAGCCACCGCAGCAGCAACAGCAGCAGCAGCAGCAGCAGCGGUUUCAAUUUAUGGACCCUACAGCAGUGCUCGGCUUGGAGAAGAGGGUUUGUUUUGAAGAUGCUGUGCUGCUGUCGCAGCGCUUCUCGCUGCUGCAUGUGGCAGUUGACGACCCCCCGCUGCAGGCAUAUGAAGCCCCAACAGCUGCUGCUGCUGCUCCUGCUGCUGCUGCUGCGCCUGCUUCUGCUCUUGCUGCUGCUAGGUCUGUUUGCGGCCAAGAGCUGCAGCAACAGCGCGUUGCUGUUGCACCAGUUGCUGAGGGCACGCUGCUGUAUUGCAAGGGCAACACCGCAACGUUGCUGCCCGCUGCAGCAAGAGAUGCUGCUGCUGUGUCUCCCCCAGGCGGUCAUGUUGAUGCUACUGCUGCUGCUGCUCAGAAGUGCUGCUGCCCCACACUUCUGUUUGGGCAACCUAAUAUGCAGGAAGUGGAAAUGCUGCUGCGACAAAGGGGCUUUGCAGAUGUCAGCAUCACUACUGCUGAGCCAGCGGGUGCGCCGCAUGCAUGUUGCUGCUUAGCUGCUGCCCCACUGGAAGCAGCAGCAGCAGCGCCAGCAGCAGCAGCAGCAGCAGCAACUGCAGCAGCCCUUGCGACAACAGAAGUACGCGUUCCCUCGCUGAAGGCGUCGCUCAGGUAUUACCCCUGUUGCAACAUUGUCGAUGUGCAUGCACCGCAAGCAGCAGCAAGGCAGCUGCUGAGGCAAGUGCUGCAGCAGGUGCUGCUGCAGGCCACCAUGCACGAGGCCUCUUGCUGCUGCCGGGCCAGCGCCCCCGUUUCGUAG